AUGGGACGAAAGGGGGAGCUCUUCUUGCCCAUUUCAACAAAACCACAACCAAAGCUUCGGGUCAGGACCUUGCUAGGGCACUGCCUAUAUAGAAGAGUGGUAAUAUGGACCGUUUUGGUGGUCGUCGUACUCUCUUUUACCUUCUACAACCACAGUUACCACAGCCGAAAUGUCUUGGAUCUUGUGCAGAUGGGCACAAUUGACGUACCGCAAGACAAGCUCCCACACAGUCUUGAAGACACCGUUGAUCAGCUAGUGAAGCAGUCUAGCCAAGACAAUGCCGACGAGACUCAACAAAUCAUGGAAACCAAGGAGAAAUCGUCCGAGCAGUCGAGCAAGGAAAGUUCCGAAGAGGAUCAAUCAAAGACGGGCAAGGAAGACUCGAAAGGCGAUGUGAAGGAAGACUUGGAGGAGCAUUCCAAGAACUCUGAAGAUACCAAGCAGAAGCCAAAGGGCAAGGGCAAGUCCAAGCCCAAUGGACCCCAUUGGCUUGACUACGAGCAUCUGGAUAGAUACUUUAAUGGUCUGCGAUCACUGGUCUCAUUCUCUGAAUACAAGCCCGAGUAUCCAGUACCAGCAGAUGCUGCCACGCCUACAGCUCCAGUGCCUUCAGUGCAUAAUACGGCCCUCCCAACACCUUCACCAUACAGUCCUCACCCAAAGUACGACUCUAACGAGUACAAGAACAAUUACCACAAGGUCAACAAAUGCUACCUUGAUGCUGAGAAAACUAUCCCGGCUCCCGAUGUCUACGCUUACGACGGUGUUCCCCAAGGCCAAGCCAAGCCAGCCAUUGGAUCCUACGAUUUGUUCGGAAUUCGCGAGGACGUUUGCUUUGAUCGAUUCGGUCGAUAUGGCGCAUACGGACUUGGAUACUCUGUCCAGCAGGGCGGCACAGGAGAAGGCACCGAUACUGAAAAUGAGGGUAGCCGUGCAGUGUGGGAGAAGAGCGGACAAAUUGACUGGGACGGCAUGGACUGGGCCGGUGCCCAGGAGCGCUGCUUCCAAUCCAACGAGCACCGCUUCAACACUGGAAAUGAGACCCUUGACGCCGAGGAGUCAACGCAGGGCCUAAAGAAGAUUGAUCGUACUGCAGUCGUCAUUCGUACAUACGUCGGCUUCAAGUGGACUGCUCACGCCCUUCUCAAUUUCCGCGCCAUGAUUACCGAGCUCAACUUGCGGUCUGGCGGUGAAUAUGACGUACACUUCCUGUUGCACGUCCGUGAGCCUGACCUGCCCAUCUGGGCAGACCCCGAGACAGCCCAAAAGGUGCUUGAUGCCAGCGUUCCCAAGGAGUUCCAUGGCCUUUGCACUCUUUGGUCAGAGCCUCAGAUGAAGCUUUACUAUCCCGGUAGCUUUGGAGAUGCAUUCGAGAACCCCAGUAACGGCGAUAUUCACGGCGUGUACCGCAGUGCUCACAUGCCACUUCAGCAUUUUGCCAAUAUGCAUCCGGAAUACGCACACUUCUGGAAUUGGGAGAUGGAUAUGCGCUGGGUCGGAUCUUACUACGAGCUCUUUGACAAGCUCGGCAAGUGGGGUGCAAAGCAGAGCCGUAUUGGUAUGUGGGAGCGUGCCAGCAAGUACUAUAUCCCCGAGUUGCACGGAACAUGGGACAACUUUACCGAGAUCGUCGAUUUUGAGACUCGCCAGGCGGGUCGCCGAGGUGUUUUGGGACCUGUGAUUUUCGCCGGCAAGACAAACUUGCAGGAUGGAGAGGAAGGCUUCAUGCCAUCUACAUGCUCUACAGGCAGUGAUAUGAGCCAAUGUGGCGUUGGCGAAGAAGCAGAUCUCAUCACACUCAACCCUCUCUUCGAUACCGCCGAGUCUGGCUGGGUGUUUGCCAGCGACGCCAGCGGCUACAAUCAAAAGGCCCAACAACCUCCGCGACGCUGCGCCAUUGUCACUGCUUCUCGGUUGUCCCGACGCCUGCUCAGUGUUAUGCAUGAGGAAACAUGGCGUCUCCACCACAGCAUGUUUAGCGAAAUGUUCCCCCCAUCCAUGGCACUUCACCACGGUCUCAAGGCUGUUUAUGCUCCUCACCCCGUAUAUCUUGAUCGUGCGUGGCCAGUUGAGGCCAUUGAGGAGAACUUCAACGGUGGCCGUGACCACACUUCUGGCGGCCAUGGAAGCCCCUUUGACAUUACCAACGAGCACAACCACAAAGGCACUUCGUGGUAUUACAACAGCGAAUUUGCAGGACUCUUAUGGCGCAGAUGGCUUGGCUAUGCACAAUAUGACGGACGAGGCGACAACGGUGGCCGCGCAGGCGAGGGCUCCAUUAGAGGUGGGCGUGCUGAAGAGGCCAACGAGGAGAGCUCUGGAAGACUUUGUUUGCGCAGCAUGCUGGUACACCCUAUCAAGUGGGAAAACCCAGCCGAGUGGGAUAGCUAG